AAACCAGCCCGCCGAGCAAGCAGCUGCGCAGGCUGUCCCGCGGCGCGUGUUGAUCGGUUAGGCGGUGUAUGUGUUUGCGCGGACGGCCUUCGCGAGAGCAGCUGCGCGCAGCGUGCGUUUUCCUGUUCAAGUAGUGUGUGUGCGUCGAAGCGACGGAUGGAGAAGUGUAACGAGCUUCCGCGCGCAGCCGAGUCGUCCCGCGAUGCGUCCGUCGUGGGGACGACUGCGAGCAUGCAGGCCACCGAUGGGUCCGAGCAACUGACGAAAGGCUCCCCAACUCUUCUCUUACGCAGGAUUCACAAGCCAUGCGACUCUUUAUUCAGCAGUUCCCGCGGAUGGACCAACUACCGUGGCCUCUUCAACUUUUGCAUCAUAUUGCUGGUGUUAUCAAACAGCAGAGUGGCCUUGGAGAACCUUAUCAAGUACGGAAUCUUAGUGGACCCAGGGCAAUGGGUGCGGUAUCUGCUACUGGAUCCCACAAUAUGGCCUCCAGUUUAUGCUACACUUGGUCUUAACCUGUGCAUAUUGUGCUCGUUGGUCAUUGAAAAGCUGUUGGCUGCGGGCCGGGUGUCCGAAAGCGUGGCCAGGAACGUGCGGGUUCUCAACCUGUCUUCUAUCCUUCUCAUUCCACCUGUGGUGGUAUUCGUGUGGGACUGCAAUCCUGUUGCAUCAUCACUGGCAUUGGGUUGUGUGACAGUGCUGUUCCUUAAGCUUGUCUCGUACCACAUGGUGAACCUGUGGUGCCGUCAACAGAGAGCAUCGCGCAAGCACCACCGGCGGAGGUCUUCGUCUGGCAAUGACCAGAUAACCCAGGGUGUGAAUGGACGCACCACCAAUGGCCACAUGACAAAGUUUGUCAUCUACCCUGAUAAUUUGAACCUGUAUGAUAUUUAUUAUUUCAUUUUUGUGCCAACCCUCUGCUAUGAGCUCAACUUCCCACGGUCAUCAAGAAUAAGGAAGCGCUUCCUGUUUCGUCGUUUUCUGGAAUCUUUAUUGCUGUUGCAGCUGAUCCUGGCCUUGGCCCAGCAGUGGAUAGUGCCCAUUAUGGAAAACUCACUGAAGCCUUUUCAGGAGAUGAAUUUCCCUGCAAUGCUUGAAAGGCUCCUUAAGCUGGCGGUUCCUAACAUACUAAUUUGGUUACUUGCAUUCUAUUGGUUCUUCCAUUCAACACUGAACACAUUUGCUGAGCUCCUGCGCUUCGCUGACAGAGAGUUCUACAGAGACUGGUGGAAUGCAGACACUGUGCAGUAUUUUUGGCAAAACUGGAACAUUCCAGUGCACAGAUGGUGUCUGCGCCACCUCUACAAGCCUUUGGUUGCUGCUGGCAUGUCAAAAGGCCAGGCUUGUGUAAUGGUGUUCCUCCUCUCAGCAUUCUUUCAUGAGUACCUUGUCAGCGUUCCCCUGAAAAUGUUCAGAGUGUGGGCCUUUCUUGGUAUGCUUGCACAGGUGCCUUUUGCGUUUGUCAUUGACAACUGCUUCCGCAACCGGUACAACAACCUGGGUAACAUGGCUGUCUGGAUUUCACUCAUAAUUGGGCAGCCUUUGGCUAUAUUGAUGUACUAUCACGACUAUUACAUAAUCAACUAUGGGACAUCACGUACCUUGUGAUCAUAGUGCAUGCAAGCACAGCCUGCUGCAGUAAUAAUGAUUAGCAGCUGGACCAGCUGUGCCAAUAUGUCAUAAUGAAUGUCAGGAUGGUGUAUACUCCAACUUUACACCUAACAUUUUUGCAGGGCACAAGUGCUGCUGUGAUACAUGGGUGUGUAGCAUGGGUGUGCAGCAUGUGCGUCACUUGUUUAGUUUGAAAUGCAUAUAGUGAUCUUUUUUUUUUUCUGUCGCAGUCUUCAUGGAGAAUGCUUGAUAGCAACUUAUCAAGCAGGAUCCACAACGUGCACUGUAGCACUCACAUGUUUGCACCAAUACUGUUGCCUUGUUCAUGAAACUAGUUAACUUUCCAAACUUCAUAUGAAAUGUGCAUGCAAUUUAAAAGAGAAGCUUCAUUACUUCCAUCUUGUAUCGAAAUUAAUCUAACCUCUUAGAUUAUUCACAUUUCUAUUUUUCAGUUUACUAAGAUGAAAGGGACCCAUGUACUCUUGCUAAAGAACAACAAAUGUGACAUUGGUUUUCAAAGUUCUCUAAGCAGGAGAAAUCAUGGGAACACAUCUUUAAACAUACUAUUAGUAACCUGUCCUGUUCGUCAUAACCUAGUCUUAUGGUCAGUAAUGGUGUUUUGUGAACACCAUUUACCUGGUGCACAGAGGAGCGACUGUCUUGCGUGUAGAUGAAAUUGCACCUCAAACUUUGCCCUAAAUAGCUCUUACGCACAUUAAAACAAUAUGUAAAACCAGCAAGAAUGUUGGAAUUUUCUAAAUUAUAAAUAUAAGGUGCAGUGGUAACGUGACUUGAAUGAGCUGUUUUGAUUACUUAGUGGCAGCUCUGCUAGGGCUUUUAUUGCCAGCAAGGCAUGAAAACGCUGAACUGUUGAGUGUGCAUCUCAAGUAGCAUGAAGUGUUCAAUGGGGAGACUGCUUCAUACUGCAUAUAGUAGUUGCAAGUUGGGCUUCUCACAUAAAGAUGUUUCUGACCAUUUUUUUUUUUCGCUUUUGCACCUUAAGUUUUAUGCCCGAUUGGCAAGCCCAACAGUUUUACAUGUUUUCUUAGCAUGUACAAUACUUAUGGAGCAAAAAUGUUUUACUUUGUGGCCUCGACUGAAACCAGCUGUUGCUAGUUCAGUGCAGGCUUAUUUACUUGCAUGGUACUUUUUUCAUUGUCUUCAUAAAUUUGGUCUGUGUGUUCUGUUUAUUUCCAUCUGUACAGCCUUGAAACAUUAGGUAAACUUCCCUUUGAAAGUCAUGUUUAAAAGCCCUGCAAUGUCAACUACACAGCUUAGGCUUUAAAAUUUCAUAAAGACAAACCAAGUAGUUGCUGUUUAUCUCUAGAAGUGUGACUGUAAAAACCACUGUCUGAUAACUUGUCUGCUUUGUAAAGAGUACAUUAAGAAUAAAAGGAUGCUGUAAGCUCGUAUCUUACUUCAACACAGUGCACUAACUUAAGAAUUUGAGGCUGAAAUGCAUUUAAAGAAACACUUAGUUUUCAUAGAACUUCAUAGGUUUCUGUUCAUACUUGAAGUGCAAAUGCUAUUUAUGUAAAGUAGGAACCAACUUGUCAUAAAGCUGUGCAUCAACUAUAUCAGUAUACAAGGUAUUGGAAAAUGCCAGUGCCUUAAAUAUAAAUCUGCAUGUGAAGUAGGAACAGUAGUGCAACGCAAUGCACCUGGUCUCAUGUUCUAUGGCUUUAAUCUACAUAAUGACCCCCUGUGGCUCAUACUAAUUCAUUCUUGGGUGCCAAGAAGCAGUUUUCUAAUGACGGAAAAAGAAACAGGUGUGAUUUUUGUGCCGUGCUUCUGCAGAUGUUGCUUUUUAAAGUGGUAACCAAUAUAUUGUGUGACAAACAAUAUGGUGUCUAUUUACACAAUUCAUUAUGGCACUAACCACGUAAACUGUAGCUCGUCACAGCAAGCUGAUAAUAUUUCUCUGCAUAAUGUGUAUCAGAUGCUAUUCAGUGUACCCCAUUUGUGCAAUACAGUCAAACCUCGAUAUAUCGAACACGGAUAUAUCGAAUUAUUGCGUAUAUCGAACACUUUCUGUAUCACCUAGAAAAUCGCAUGCAUUUUUAAUUUUUUUUUAUUUCGAAUGGGGUUGGAUGUAUAAUGCAUGUAUCAAACUCCGCCACCCCAGACCACGUGUGCUCUGUUGACAGGCGGUGAGCUUUCCCGCAGCACCCUUGAAGAUAGCAGUGGCGUGAUGGGCGUUCCCAACUGCUGCGCAUCACAUCAAUCGCACUGAGGGCGCCAUUUUAAUGUAGCGGCGUACACACGCGGCGGCCGUGGCUAGUUCUACCACCAUAUUUAAAAACGUUGGUUCUACCAAGUUCCACGACGUGAACGACUCAUUGCAUUUGUUGCACCGACUCCUCCUCGGUGCCGCGCUCUGCCCUGCUGCGCCUCACGAGAACUGGCGGUUUGCACCCGCAAAGACGCACGACAGCGCGCGCUGACUGGGUUCACACAUAGAUGCCUUAAUUUGCAGAUGCCACUUGGUUAUCGAGUGUUUCAAAAUGCUUCGAUUGACGGACGUGGAGAUGGCAGCAGAAGUAGUGGCCAAACAAAGACGCUGCCAAGGUUGAUCCCCCAAGUGCUGAUGUUGCCCCGCUCCCGACUUUGACUGAGGCUGUAGCCAUAGCUGUAGCUGCUUUGGCCCUUCUAUGCCGCGGCUACUGCAACGCAAUAGAGGGCACCGACCUAUCGCUUGUGAAUCGAGACUAUGUUGAGGACUCCAUGUUAAAACAUGCGGCUGCCAAUAAGAAGCAGGCAACACUGCUGCAGUACUUUCAGCCAAAUAAAUGCUUUCUGUGAGGCUUCAAGUGAGUAUUUACUGUGCCAUGAUUGGAUUUGCAUAAGUUCUUGAUGCAUUUUUUAACGUUAUUUUAUAUAUUGAAUUCUGUAUAUAUCGAACUAUUUCGCGAUCACAGUGCUGUUCGAUAUAUCGAGGUUCGACUGUGUUUUUUUUUGAAAGUGUGUAAGUAGACAUCUGGUAAAAUGGAAAUUCUUCUGGUCAUACCACUCACUCAAAAACACAUGCUUGUGUUAUUCCACAUUGUAAGCCAACAUUUUUUAUAUUGAGCAGAUUUUUAGAAAAGCCCUUUAUUCACCCCCCCCCCCCUGCCCAAAGUAAGUGAUAGCCUCAAAUAAGUUUAAUUUGCAAGAUCUUGCAUUGUGGUGGUACAUUGCAUACAGUAAUUCACCAUGUCAUUCAUGAUUACAACGCUGUCAGAUUGGGGUAGUUGGUAGUCCAUUAUUGUUACAGAAGUGUAUAUAGCAUGAAGCAGGGAACAGGAUGAUGAAAGACAAACGUGUGCACAAGUUGGAAGUUAGUAUUUGGUUUUACUUUCAUGGUGGUGUCCUUGGCGUCUCACUAUACACCUCGACAAUAAAAAUCCUAUUGAACAUGUACUACCUUGAUCCACGUUACCAGGAAAAAAUUAUUCAAGCAGUAUUUUUUUUUCAUACUGCUCCUGCAUUGGUUGCACCGACUUAGCUGAUAGCUUUGACAGCAGGUCCCCACCGCCUCCCCUCAAAAGGCAGCGCUCAGUGGUGCUCUAGCAGAAACAUGCUCCAGUGCAAUUUUCUUUAUUUUGUGGUUUAAAUUUACUGCGUUAUGUGCCUUUUAGCUGAUACAUGGAAUUCCUUACUCAUCCCAGGCUAGCACAAAUGGUCUCCCUAAUUUGUUGCAUUAAAUAUAAAAAACAAAAAUUGUGGCAAUAUAUAUAUUUUUUGCUAAGUAACCAAAUAUAUAUUGUGUGCUGUGAACAGCUAAUCCUCACAUAUUUUUAGAACAUGUCAAUCAUUCUCCAAAAGUUGGGAAUCUGUGCGAUGUCACCUGAGAAUUGUAUGUAACAUUUAUUUUUUCUGAGUGAAGGACAAGUUAUUAUCCUCAGUGCUCUAAUCUCUGGCUUAGUCCAUGGCUGACUGCAGCUAUUCCAGUAUAUGGAUAGUGCCUUGCUUAAUUUUUUUCUUUAAGUGCAUUCUCUUGUAGUCUUUAAGAAAAGUGUAAGCCCUAGAUUUGACCUUAGCUAGAUUGGUGUCUGCUCCCUUAACUUUCACAGUUGUUCAUUGACAAGGACAACAGCUGGAUGUAGGCAGGGAUAAAUUUGCAUCUCAGCGUGUGCCUUGCAGUAGAAAACGCUCAUAUGAAAGGAUUGUGGGCCAAGAAUAAAACUUGGAAAGUUCUUCCUCCUGCCCAUUUUUUUCUUGCCCAAUAAGUUUGUUUGCAAGUGUAACAAGCAGAUGAAAUCUAGAUUUGUGUUUUCUGUUGUGCUAACCAUGUGUAGGACUUCCAGAUGUCAUUCCAAGAAUUUAUUGAUGUCAAUUGUCUGUGGUAUAAAGAUGAACAAAGGGUCUUGUAUGCUGAAACUCAGGUCAGCAGAGAGAGAGAAGUUAAAGCGAAAGAAAGGUUAACCGAGGGUACCUCCAGUUGGCUACCCUGUACUGGGGAAGGGGAAAAGGGGUACAAAAGAUGACAGAAAAAGGGAAGAAUGAACAACAUAGAACUACCUGUGUAGGCACUGUCACAGUCUAUGAAGGGGCCACAUAGUCGUACGCAAUGUCAAUAUCCCACUGAGACAUACACCACAGUCACGAAUUUGUUGCACAAUCCGGUAUCUCUUAAGGCCAAACUACACAUACGCUUACCGGCACGUUUUCGCUCAAAGAGAAAAUGUAGCAACCAUGGAACCUUCCACUUCCUGAUCUAGUGACAGAGCAUGAAGCAACACGUAUGAUGACAAGCUCCACAAGUGCCGGCACAGAAAUCUUGACGUCGUAAUUCGUGCAGGGUUCAUUGGAAGCUUGUUACUCUGAUCUCUCCAGGGUUUACAGUCAUAAUCACAUUGUGUGGCCACAGUCCCAAAAAAGUUUCUCAUACUUUCUUGGGCAUCAUAUCAUAGACAUGAGCGGAAACGCCAUACUACUGCAUCUUUUGUAAAUGUUUGUUAGUCCACAACUUGGCUGAAAUCACGUUUGAGGAACUGUUCCUAAAAGUGGCCUUUGCCCACAACUGUUGUCUGCUACUGCUCUUGUCAGUACUAAGAACAAUAUUGCUUUAGGCCCCCGUGAUUUAUAGUUCAGAGCGAAGAAAUGUGUGUGCUUGUUGUUCUACUCUUAAGUAGAAAUACCGUCGCUGUUUGGUGCGGACUCUGCUUAUUCACCAUUGGAGAUGAGCUUCCGCUAACCAUGCCGCUCACCUUUUCAUCGUAGAAGCUUCAAAACAUAUCUUAGCAACUUGAAAACACACAAUAAACGAGAGCUGUAUCUCACCAUUGCACUAACUGAUGGCUACAGAUGAGUUUUUCACUCUGCGUGCUUUAUUUGUUGCGUGCCGUCUGCCAGAAGUACCAGACAUGUGCCACUGAGAAUGGUUGUACUGAGCCAGCGCCACUUCUGCGUCAUGAUGUGGAGAAGUGGUGAACUGCGUUCCAGACGGGUCGGUCAUGUAUGUCUUUCUCUAUGGGUCAGUUGGCACACCUACUCCUCUAGCCACCAUAAUCCUGUUGUUGCUAUGUGAACGCAUCUUGUUGAGCCUGCAGGCGCUGGAAUCGCUGAACGAUCUCACAAAUGGAACACACUAUGUGCUCAUAACCAACAUUUAAGGUGAGUUUAGAGAAAGCAAAAGCCCAUUUCAAUAGUGCCUGGUGACCAAUGCGAGUGAGAACGUAGUUAUCAUGAGAAUUCACACUGAAGCCGCAGCCAUGGGUGCCGCCAUGUUGGACAACGCUAUUUCUUAGCGUGUAUGUAUCAAUAUUUGGUAUCUGUGCUCGUGCGACGCUUCAAUGCGUACAAUCUGUCCUGCACCAUCUGCACAUGUGUGAGGUGCGUGGGCGAGAGCUUUCGCGCGCCGGCACGUGUACGUGUAGUUUGGCCCCAGCAGCACCUUUAUAGCAGCUCACGCUGAUGUCUGUGUAUGCCAGUGUCCCAAGAAUACUGAUUUUUGUGAGGUCAGCAGAACUGAAAUAAAUUAAUUUCUGAAGCUAUCCACUCGGUGAGGCUUCCUGGAAGAUAUACAGAGGUUGUGUUUUGCAACAUUUGAUUUCACUUUCCCUACUUUUCAACCUCCAGCGUAGGCUCAAAUGUCACCAUAUUGCUGUUAUUGCCGGAUCGGCCAUUGAUGUGGCAGUUGACAAGAAUAGAUAAUGAAACAUAUUGUUACAAAGUAUGUUACAAAGAUGGCCAUGGCAUCUAACAAUGUUUUGUGCAUUGAGGUGGUAUUUGUGAGCUCUAAAUGUCUUGUUGAAGUUCAUACAAUGCAGUUUGCUGCUGUCUAACGAUUCCAGUAAUUUUCUUUGCUUAAGUGCACCUGCUAUGUGGCAUAUUUCACAGCAUUCAGAUAUUUUUGGCAACACGCUGCUUAUGGCAUGGAUGAUAAGUACCCAACUUUAAAGGGCCUUUCACCAGGUUCGGGUAUUGCAGACAGAUAAGCACGGGGCAUAUGUGAUGCAGUGAUGGUUGUGUCCGCAAAGUAUUUCACCAAUGUACACCACGAAAACAGCUGGAAAUUCAAACAAAAGCCCAUGCGCCCUUCUUCACAGAGAAGCCUCUCUCCCAGCCAGCAGAAGUAACAUCACAUGCAUGGAAUUCACGUGCCAUUAGUGUGGCACCUGCGGUGCAUAAGUUCGGGGAGUCUUGAGAAAUGCAGAUAGUGCAAAACUGCCUCCAGAAAUGCGCCACGCAGCAAAGUGGCGCAAAUGUCAUGUGGGCUUCCAUUUGGGAGGAAGCAGGAGAGGCAUGUAGCAUCCAGUAAAAGAAGCAUUGGGAGAGAGCCUGUGCUGUGGGGAAGGUAGCUCAUCUCCUACCACCAUGGCCUUGCAACAUUUGUUUAUAUCCUGGCUACUACUAAGCUCUUGUCAAAUACUCUUGCAGUAGAAUUCUCCAUGAAUCACACUUUAAGACUUCUAGUGCGUAAUGAAAAUUUCCAAGUGAAGGAUGCUUCAAAAAUUAUGCAGGGUGAAGAAAAAUUGAAUGAGUGAAGUUUUUUAUGAAACUGCAAUAUGUAUGUAUGUAUGUAUGUAUGUAUGUAUGUAUGUAUGUAUGUAUGUAUGUAUGUACGUAUGUAUAGAUUUGGAAAACAUGAUUUUGUGGUGCUGAAAAGAUAUGCAAGGGAGAAACAUACAUAUGGCUUCUGUGUGGUUCACUCUAUAUAUCUUUUAAGUGCCCUAAAAUCAUGUUUUCCAAAUCACACCAACUUACCCAAGUUUUAUUAAAUAUGUAUAGAUCUUUAUGUCAAGGAAAUAUAUAUAACUGAACAAAUAUAUAUCUGUCUGCCAGUCUUGAAGCUCUUCUUUAUAUGAGAUGCAUGGUCAGAUGUUACAAGUUGCAGAGUUAAUAGUGUAUUAGAUACAGUAGGGCAUUUGCUUCAUAAUUUCGAACUUUCCAACAAACAUAUUUUUGUAAAAAUUUAUCUCUCUAAAACACUUGUUCUUUGUAAUCUAGUCCCGCUACUCAAUGUAAAAGGUCAUUGAAGACGUAUACUUCAUAUGCUGAGGUUCACAUUCUGGUAAAAGGUUGCUGUACAUACAUGAAUUUGUUUUGUUUUGUGUACUACUGUUUGCUUAUGUUCAGAAGCAUUCUAAGUGAACACUUAGGAAUGUAUUAUGCUGUGUGAUAUUAAAAGCAAUGUUUCAUACUGAAAA